ACUGAAGAAAGGCGCUGGGAUUUUUGGACAAUAUGUUGUAGUCUCCAUGACUGGGACCACUGUGUGCUGCUGCAGCAUAAAGAAGAACUGAUAGUAACAGAUUACAAAGAGCCAGCUCCAUGGCUCUCCCCCUGUUCACCCAUCUCACAUGUGAUUAGUCUCUGCUUGACAUCAGGCUGGGAGCAAUAAGCUCUGAUCAUAACAGUGGAUGUGGCAACGAGCCCGAGAGCUCCAUGAGUCACUCCAGAACCAGACACUGUCUCACUGGAUUCCUUCAUAAAACAACUGAGGCAGAUGUGUGGAUGCCAGCUUUGUCUCUCAGGUCUAUCUACCACAUCCACCAAGGACUGCUGAAUUGCGGUAUAAGGUCAGGCCCGCGGUCACUCUCUUCUGACACGAGCAAGAGACUUGCUCUCCUCUCCCCUGAGCGGAGGCUGCUGAAGAAGAAGCGUCUGUCCCCGGACUUUUCUUGAUUGCAGAGAUGAUGGUGCUGGACAAGGAGGACGGUGUGCCGAUGCUAUCUGUACAACCCAAGGGGAAGCAGAAGGGCUGUGCUGGCUGCAACCGGAAGAUCAAGGACCGGUACCUGCUGAAGGCUCUGGAUAAGUAUUGGCAUGAAGACUGUCUAAAGUGUGCCUGCUGUGACUGUCGUCUUGGAGAGGUUGGAUCAACUCUUUACACAAAAGCAAAUCUCAUUCUUUGCCGCAGAGAUUACCUGAGGCUCUUUGGUACCACCGGGAAUUGUGCUGCCUGCAGUAAACUGAUCCCUGCCUUUGAGAUGGUGAUGAGGGCCAGAGAUAAUGUUUACCAUUUGGACUGCUUUGCCUGUCAGCUCUGCAACCAGCGAUUCUGUGUGGGAGACAAAUUUUUCCUGAAGAACAACAUGAUCUUGUGUCAGAUGGACUAUGAGGAAGGGCAGCUGAACGGGAGCUUCGAGUCCCAGGUUCAAUAACAAACCCUGCUUCGCUGAAGCACUGUGGGAUGGGCGCUCGGCCGCACCAGCAGCGAGGGCGCCUGUCAGCUUGCCUGCAAUAUUUUUUUAAUUCUUGGUCCAGAGAGGACUAUAUACAUUGUAGUACUUUUCCCCCCCAACACAAAGCAGUUACAAUUUUAGAUGUACAGUUGUGCCUGCUUAGCUGAGCACUGCAUUGCCUGUAUGUUUGUGAGUUUUUGGGGUCUGGGGGAGGGCUCUGUACAGUCUGUUUUCUGUAUAUAAACUGGAACAUUUAUUUUAUGAAAAAUGUAAUGCAAUUUUAUUACUGGUGUGAAUUAAAAAUUAUGAAUGUUUCCUGG